UUGAAUUCCUAUUCUUUGAAAAGUGAUCUUUGCCUCUGGCACACAUUUCUACUAUCCACUGGCAAAACAGAGCUUAUCCUGGUUCUAAGCCUUUGAAUCCCCAGAAUGCUUCUCCCCACAGUCAGUUGUGAGGAACACGGAAGGAGAGUGUCUAAAGCUGGGUCUGGUAUCCUGGUCUGGGUAGUCUGUCUGCUCUUGGCAUUUCCUGCAAUAGCCACCGAGCCCCAAACCACUCAUCCUGAAGUGGACACCACCCUGGGCCGUGUGCGAGGCCGGCAGGUGGGCGUGAAGGGCACAGACCACCUUGUGAAUGUCUUCCUGGGCAUCCCAUUUGCACAACCGCCCCUGGGGCCUCUCAGGUUUGCCGACCCACUGCCAGCACAGCCCUGGGAAGGUGUGCGGGAUGCUGGCACUGACCCCCCAAUGUGCAUGCAGCAUGUAGAAAGGAUGAACAUUUCCAGAUUUUGGCUCAACGGAAAACAUAAAAUCUUCCCUAUUUCUGAGGACUGCCUGAUCCUCAACAUCUACAGCCCAGCUAAGGCUACAACAAAGGCCAGGAAGCCAGUCAUGGUAUGGAUCCAUGGAGGUUCACUGAUGGUUGGCUCUGCCACCUCCCAGGAUGGAUCAGCCCUGUCUGCCUAUGAGGAUGUGGUAGUGGUCACAGUUCAGUACCGCCUUGGGAUCUUUGGCUUCUUCAGCACUGGGGACAAGCAUGUGCCUGGCAACCAGGGCUUCUUAGAUGUGGUAGCCGCUCUACGCUGGGUGCAGGAGAACAUCACUCCCUUCGGGGGUGAUCCCAACUGUGUCACCAUCCUUGGUGGAUCUGCGGGUGCCUCCAUUGUCUCUGCCCUGGUGCUGUCUCCAAUGGCCACAGGACUGUUCCACAGAGCCAUUGCACAGAGUGGAGUCAUCUUUGUCCCACUGUUAAGAGGGUCUGAUUUAUGGCUCAAAGCUCAGAGCCUUGCAGACUCCUUGGCCUGCAGCUCUGAUUCCCCGGCUGAGCUGGUACAGUGCCUUCGGCAGAAGAAAGGAGAGGAGCUGAUCCAUGCCCAAGCAUCGAAAAUGGUAGUCUCUACCUACAGCAUCGAUGGCUCUUUCUUUCCCAAAAGCCCUGAGGAGCUCCUGAAGGACAGGCAAUUCCACCCUGUACCCUUCCUCAUAGGUGUCAACAAUCAUGAGUUUGGAUGGCUCAUCCCCAGGGCCUUGGGUAUGCUGGAUAUGAUGGAGCAGAUGAGCCGGGAGCACAUACCGGACCUCUUGAAGCCCUUCUUGGCCAGUCUGAAUAUACCUCCUGAGAUGAUGUCCAUGGUCAUAGACCAGUAUCUAGGCAAUGACUCAGAUGCACAACCCAGACGUGAAGACUUCCAGGAAUUGGCUGGCGAUAUUGUUUUCAACAUCCCUGCUUUGAAUUUCUCAAGACAACUCCAAGGUUCUGGGACCCCCAUUUUUUUCUAUGAAUUCCAGCAUGUACCCAGUUCUUUUGCAAAGAUCAAGCCACCCUGGGUGAAGGCUGACCAUGCAGCUGAGAUUGCAUUCAUGUUCGGGGGUCCUUUCCUCAUGGACGAAAACACCCUCCUAGCCUUUCCAGAGGCCACAGAGGAAGAGAAGCAGCUGAGCCUCACCAUGAUGGCCCAGUGGGCCCACUUUGCCCGAACAGGGGACCCCAAUGGCAAGGGGCUGCCUCUUUGGCCCCAAUUCAACCAGUUGGAGCAAUAUUUGGAGAUCAGCCUGGUGCCACAGGUCAAGCAGAAGCUGAAGGAGGCCCAGAUGCAGUUCUGGACAGAGACACUCCCCAGCAAGAUCCAACAGUGGCAUCAACAGAAGCAAGGCAGGAAGGCCCCAGAGGAGCUCUGAGGCAAGGCCUGGGUCUUCUUGAAGCAAGGCCUGGGUCUUCUUGACUGGUGUCAACCCAAAGGGUGACAGUGUCCCAGCCAGGUGGCCUCUUUCUACUCUUGCUAAGAGACUUUAACAUAAACUGGGCUGAUAUGGGCUCAUGUCCCAUUAAGCAUCAGCUAUUGCAGUACUGGCAUAGUGCCCUUGGAAAUGUCACUAAGUUGCUUCCCACCUCUGGGCCUUUGCACAAGUUCCUGCUUUUCCCUGAAGUGCCUUGCCCCCUUCCUUCCUGGAAAGGCCUAGCUCAUUGGUCAAGCUCUUUCCCAGGAAGCCUUCCUUCUUUGGGCCCCAUAGUCCUAAAUAUGUAUCCAUUACAGCACAACUCACCCUAAGCUCACACUGUUUCUUGUCUUAAUCUUCGUCCUUUACAAAAGAAAAUGUGGAUAAACCUGACCCCACUCUGUUGUCCACACCAAGAUCAGGAUCUGGCGAUAUCUAGACAGAUUAGAAUCCCAUAGACCCACAUUCACAUGGCCUUCACCAGCUAGAGCCCAGGGAUCAAACUCAGGACCUUACGCUUGCCAGGCAGGUUUGGUGUCACUGAGCUGCAUCCUCAGUGCACUCCUAGCCCUAAUGUCUAGGCUCCUCAAUCCCUCCCCAGCUGGAGGACCCAGCCUCUGGGAGAGUUCAACACAGCUCCCAGAACUCCAACCAGACACAGCAGAACAGGUCAGGAGAGUGUGGCCAGGCUUCUGGUCUACCCAGACUCCCAGCCCUUCACCUAUUCCUUGUUCCCCAGCAUCACCAUUGUGCAGGGCUCCUACAAAUGAUGACAAAUGCCAGGCCAGAGUUCUGGAGAAAGAGAUCGUAUUGGUGGCAGCAGCAAGAGGGCCUUGAAGGUACCCUGGACCUCUGAAGUCAGACUUGGGACUGCCCUCAUAGAGGUCACCUGACAAAUACAGGCAGUUGGUAUAAAUUCCUCCAUUAUCUCCCAUUUUGAUCAGAGGCUCCAAGAGGACAGGCUCAGAUCAGAGCUCCUUCACACACAGACACACACACACACACACACACCAAGCCCCUCUGCAGGCAGCCAGGCCAGACGCUGAGACUCAGCCAUGCUCUAGGCCUGGGUUACCCAAGAGCUUGGAUGGGUCUCUCCUGUCACAGAGGACUUAGGUUCCUUGUCUAUGUAAUAAGGCUGGGCAUGUAGAAACCAUGCAAGAGGCUGCAGGAUCUGGCUCUGUCCUUAGGGUUGCAGAGUACGUCCAGAAAAGCAGAAGGUGAUAAGCUGGAUUUUGGAGGAUAACUAGGAGUCCCUAAUUUGAUUGCACAAGGAGGGUCAUUCCACAUAAAUCACUGAUGGCGAAUCUUUUAGCGCUUUCAAUGAUAUCAAACAGCCACCUAUGGCUGACACAGAGGGAACAGCAUGAGCGAAACAGCUUCACUCCCACCCAUUUCCUUUGUUCUGUCACUGGCAAAUAUAUUACACAUCUAUCUGUUGUCAGACCAAUAACACAUUAUAAACACAUUACUGUACUUCAUACAAUUGCUUUUUAAAUCUGUUAAGAGAAGGGGCUAGGGAUUUAGCUCAGUGGCAUAGUGCCUGCCUUAUAAGCACAAGGUCCUUAGUUCGAUCCCCAGUACCAAAAAAAAAAAAGAAUUUAUAUUGUUAAUAUAGAUAGUACAAUUGUAGCUAUGGAGCUACUCCCCUCCACUCACCUGAAUCUGGAUAAUGCCCCAGGGCCAACCCCUCGACCUUUGUCCUAAGGCUUACUACCCAGAGGUAAAGAUAAGAAAAGAAAGACCCCUGAGCCUCCCCUGGAAAAUUCCAGAAUUCAAAACCAGGAGACAUGUGUGCCAGAUCCUCCUGAAUCACCUAUAUAACCUUUCUUCAGAGCUCAUUGAAGGUUUGUACAUACACGCUGCAUCUCAUUCAUCCAUUGCAGUAGUAAAGUAUGAGGAAGGACGUGUGCAGUAGCCACAGGCGACAUGAGUAAGCACUGUCAAUCACAUUGUCAGUCAUGCUCUGGAAGCCCCAUGAGAGGCACCCUACAUCUGGCACAUUUUAACACCUUCAAUACUCAAUGGCAUUUCGUCUCCACUGGCAUGGCCUAAUCACUCUGAGCAUACUGUUUUCUAAAUAAAUUUUGCUGCUUUUUCCUUA